AAGAACACCGCAGAACGUCGAGGCCAGGAAAUGACGGUCGCACUUUGCGGACUCGCAUUUUGAGCUGGACAAGAGCUGGACAAGGGACGGAGGAGUCUCAGAGUCUGCGGCGUGGAGAGGGGAGCGUCAUGACCUCGCGGAGGAACCCGGCGGGGCUCACGAUGGGAGUGAAACUCCUGCUCAUGAUAUCUUUACUGCACAAGUUGUCUCUUGCCAAGGAGUGUGGUGAUGGAUUCCACGAAUCACAACAAGGCAUCUGUUGCAAGUUGUGCCCUGCAGGUACCUACAAGAUGUACAGCUGCAUACAUAAUGGGAGUAGAGCGGCAUGUGAUCUAUGCCCUACGGGCAGCUUCAUGGACAGAGACAAUUGGGAAGAGAAGUGCACACAGUGCAAAAGCUGUGGACCAGAUGAGGAGGUGGCUCUCGCCUGCUCUGUGGCCCAGGACACGGUGUGUCAGUGCAUGAAGGGGCUCAAGAGAGACGCCGACUCGGGAGUUUGUCUGAAUGAAAAGACCCACACAGACGACGCUGCAGCCACAUCAGCCAUCGUAUUGGCAUGUCUCCUUACCCUGAUACUCGUCGUAUUUACUGUCAUCCUGCUGUUCCGUAUGAGAAAACCCAGAUGGUCGACUUUAAAACUCAAGUUUAACCCUUCUGGCGUCACCAAUGCAAAGGGAUGA